AUGUCGGGUAGGGUGUUCCUCACGGCUCCCCGCUCUGUGUGCAGUAGCAGCUGCCUCCCCGGCUCCAGGAAAGCCAAACGGGAAGGACAACCCCUCUGUUGCUAUGAUUGUGUUCCUUGUGAGGAGGGAGAAGUCUCUAAUCAAACUGAUAUGGACUAUUGUAUGAAAUGCCCAAAGGACCAGUGGCCCAAUAAGAGAAGGGAUAGGUGCCUCCAAAAGUUGCUGGAAUUUCUCUCCUACCAAGACCCACUGGGUGCAGGUUUGGGUGGGGCCUCCAUUGGCCUUUCUGCUUGUGCAAUAACAAUACUGGGAGUUUUCAUCAAAUUCCGUGCAACGCCUGUUGUUAGAGCCAAUAAUACAAAUAUAAGCUACACAUUCCUGGUCUCUCUCUGUCUCUCGUUCCUCUCGUGCCUGCUCUUUAUAGGCCAACCUAAACCUCUCGCGUGCAUGGUCAGACAAGCUGCCUUUGGGUUGGCUUUCUCCAUUGCUGAAUCCUCUAUACUCGCUAAAGCCGUCACAGUUGCCGUUGCCUUCAGAGCUACAUCCCCGGACAGCCAGCUGAGAAGGUGGGUUGGACCCAGACUGCCCAUCUAUAUAGUCAUUGGCUGCUCGGUGGGACAGGCAGUCAUUUGCUUAGCAUGGAUGGUCCUCUCUCCACCAUUCCCAGACUACGACAUCCAAUCAGAGAAAGGAAAGAUGAUCCUUAUCUGCAAUGAGGGAUCAGCUAUUCUGCUUUAUGUGGAGAUUUCCUACCUUGGGAUUUUGGCUCUGUUGAGCUUCACUGUUGCGUUUCUUGUGAGGAACUUACCCGACUGCUUCAAUGAGGCCAAAUACAUCACUUUCAGCAUGUUGGUGUUCCUCAGCGUCUGGGUCUCUUUCAUCCCCUCCUACCUGAGCACCAAAGGAAAAUACAUGGUGGCCGUGGAGAUAUUUGCCAUCCUGGGUUCCAGCACAGGGUUACUGGCUUGUAUAUUUAUACCCAAAAUGUGUCUUAUUCUACUGAAGAGAGGCCUCAGCUCUAAAGUACAUGUCUUUAGUUACCCAAAGUUACAAAAUUAGCAGGCACGUAGCCUAGAAGUUGACUGCACCCCUAUAAACUCUUAGGGGGGAAUUCACAAAAGUGGUGAUAUUGAGACAAAUAAAAAUUAAAAUUGGUUUGUGGGAUUUCCUGCCAUAGUCACAAACCUCCAUUUUCACUUCUGUGUCUUUGAAACAGAAUUUUUCAGAAUUGUUUUGUGAAUUGGUCAGUCUGCCAUCAGGUGACUCUCAGCUGUACCUGUGUCUUUUACUAAUGAUUGUUCCUUUAGCUCCUCCUCCUAAACCUGUCAG